GAGAGGAAUAUAGAUUUGGAAGAACAAAAAUCACAAAAUCAGAAGAAGCAAGAUAUAUACAAGAAGCAAGGUAUUAUCUUAUCAAAGUUCCUAUACAGCUGAUCUCCUAUCCUAUAUCAGACAUACUCUAA